CCAGCGGCUGUGGCCGGCGUCCGCGAGGGAGCCAUGCCGGUCCAUUCCCGGGAGAAGAAAGAGAACCACCACGAUGAGAUGGAGGUGGACUACGGGGAGAACGAGGGCAGCAGCUCCGAGGAAGAGGAGUCCGAGAGCUCGUCCGUGUCCGAGGAGGGGGACAGCUCAGAAAUGGAUGAUGAAGACUGCGAAAGGAGAAGAAUGGAGUGUUUAGAUGAGAUGUCCAAUCUUGAAAAACAGUUUACAGACCUCAGAGAUCAGCUUUACAAAGAGAGAUUAAGCCAAGUGGAUGCAAAACUGCAGGAGGUCAUAGCAGGAAAGGCACCGGAGUACUUAGAACCGCUGGCAGCUCUGCAAGAAAACAUGCAAAUCCGAACAAAAGUGGCAGGUAUCUACAGAGAGCUCUGUUUAGAGUCUGUGAAAAACAAAUAUGAAUGUGAAAUUCAAGCUUCCCGUCAACAUUGUGAGAGUGAAAAGCUCUUGCUGUAUGACACAGUUCAAAGUGAACUGGAAGAAAAAAUCAGACGACUUGAAGAAGACAGGCAUAGCAUUGACAUUACCUCAGAGUUAUGGAAUGAUGAACUUCAGUCUAGGAAGAAAAGGAAGGAUCCAUUUAGUCCAGACAAGAAAAAACCUGUUGUUGUAUCAGGACCCUAUAUAGUGUAUAUGCUACAAGAUCUUGACAUACUUGAAGACUGGACAACAAUAAGAAAGGCAAUGGCUACCUUGGGACCACACAGAGUGAAAACAGAACCUCCUGUCAAGCUGGAAAAACACCUCUACAGUGCAAGAUCUGAAGAAGGAAGACUCUAUUAUAAUGGGGAGUGGUAUGGGCGUGGACAAACUAUAUGUAUUGAUAGGAAAGAUGAAUGCCCUACAAGUGCCAUAAUUACAACAAUUAACCAUGAUGAAGUGUGGUUUAAGAGGCCUGAUGGAAGCAAAUCCAAACUGUAUAUUUCUCAGCUACAGAAAGGAAAAUAUUCAAUCAAACAUAAUCACAACUGACCAUUAAACAAACCAGACAGUGUUAUCCUGCUUGAUGUGCCAUGAGAUGACAGAUGUAUUUACUGUAUGUUCUCAUCUAUUUUUUGUGGCAGUAUCUGUGUAUUUGUAGUAGUGUAAGUAAUCUUCAUACAGAUGUCUUGAAAUAAGUGACAUAUAAUCAUGUUGAUCUGUCAUUUGGGUCCAGUGCCUGAGAUAGGAAACGUUAACCUUGGGAAAGUCUGAGAAUAUCGGUGGCUGCAGUCCUU